AUGGCAGAACAACUAACCGAAGAGCAGAUCGCAGAGUUCAAGGAAGCUUUCUCACUGUUUGACAAAGACGGUGAUGGGACAAUCACAACAAAAGAACUCGGCACUGUCAUGAGAUCUCUUGGACAAAACCCAACUGAGGCUGAACUUCAAGAUAUGAUCAACGAAGUUGAUGCUGAUGGAAACGGGACCAUUGACUUCCCUGAGUUCUUGAGCCUUAUGGCUAGGAAGAUGAAGGAUCAAGACACUGAAGAAGAGCUUAUUGAAGCCUUCAAAGUCUUCGAUAGAGACGGAAAUGGACUUAUCAGUGCUGCUGAGUUAAGAGGGAGAUAAAAUAUUUUUUUUAAAAAAAAAAUAAUUUUUAAUAAUUUAUUUAGAAAUUUUUAGAAAGUUAAGACACGUCAUGACUAACUUGGGAGAGAAACUUACUGAUGAGGAAGUCGAUGAAAUGAUUAGAGAAGCUGAUCUUGACGGAGAUGGACACAUCAACUAUGAAGAAUUCGUCAGAAUGAUGAUGGCUAAGUAA